ACUUCAUUAGAAAAAGAGACAACUCCAACUAUGUUACUGGUGGGUGCAGUAAGCAGUACUAUAGCAGCGAUAUUUUCUGUUAUAGCAAUGAGCAUGUUCUUUAAUCCCGGAGCCAAGAUUCGUUUCGCAGUUAUAAUAAGUUAUCUGUUAUUGGUUCUGGUGAUAUUGAGUGUAGCAGUAACUCUCAUUAGAUGGUUUCAACUUUUCAUCAACACAGGAAGAUUGGGAAAGAAUAAAUUCUCACAAAAAAAUAAAAGAAAGUUUCGGAUCACAUUCAUUGUUUUAGGGAUAUUAUGUGUAAUACUCGCCAUCGUCAGUGCAAUUGGGAUCUUUAUGUUCGCAACAAAGCUAAAAACGGUCAGUGGCAAACUUGGCAUGGGUAAAGAAAAGGAAGACACAAGCGUUGUUUUGGUAGAAACCAAAGCAGAAGAAGAAGAAGAAGUAGACAGCAGUUGGUAUAAUGAAACUUGCGCUAAAAACGAGACAGGAACAGCGUGCCAGCUUUGCGGGCAGUGCCCAGACGAGCAGGCCUGUAAUGUUUGUCAGGGGAGUCCAAUAUGGUGCGGGACGUGCGAGUGUGAUCCAAAUAUGCAAGGGCCUCUAAGGUGCGGAUGGUGGAGAAAGAGGCUUGCAAAAGAACAGGAAAGCGAUAAAUUGGAGACAGAACAAGAAUCGAGCGAAGGUGACAGCACUGAAUCUGAAACAGAGAAAAAGAACCCGAUGCAAAUGUUGCAAGAAUUUGUAGGAGAGCCUGAACCAGAUUCACAGUGCUACAACGUUAGUUACGGACUGAGGGGGAUCAGAAGAACGUUCUGUCAGCUCUACGAACUUACUGAUAGCUGGCAAUGUAAAAAUGGAACUGAUAUUUUCUUUGAUAUGGAAGAAACCAGGCGGAGAAUAAUGUGUAUAGGUGGUGUUGUUGGAGAAGGGGCAACUAAGCGGUUCAUAGUGUCAGGACUGCUGGUUGUAAGCAUUAUUGGGCACCUAGUGAGUGUCGCUAGUAUCUGGUGCACUGGACAAGCUGAGCAGGCCUCUGAGAAGGGGGAGGGGUACAAGCUGCAGUCUGAUGAAAAGGAAUGUGGUGAUGAAGUGAAGGAGGAGGGAAGUGGUGGCAAUGAAGACGAAGAGGAAGAGUUUAAAGAGACUGACACACUAACGGAGAUAAAACUCUAAAAGCGAGCAUCUCCAUUCUCCUCUGGACAUUCUCCAGAAAGCAGUUCCAACUUAAGAUUAUUUACUGUUUUCAAUAUAAUUUUCUAACUUUUUAAUUUUCCAAAUAUUUUAUAUCGUGCCGACUGCCGAGCAACGACAUAAAGAAGUAGACUAGGAAAUUUCUAAGUCUUUAACCAGAUCAUUCCAUGAAAUUUUGUAUCUAUUUCAUAAGGUAUUUAAUAUGAUAGUUUCAGAUCAUCAGAAAAUUGUAAAGACCAUGUUUGAAACAUGAGUAUUACAUUAAAAUUUUUUGAUUACCCAUUGUGAUUUUGGAUUAUUUGAUAUCAUUAUUUUGUUGUUGUGGAAAUAUUUUAACAUAUUUUAAAUUUAAAUGGAUGCCACGUGUCGUUAUUCUAUUAUAACAGACGGAAAGGGGAUACCACAUUUUGUGAUGUUGACAUCUGAACUUGUUAUGAAGCCUUCUAUUGACUAAUGAUUCUUUACG